GCGGGAUUUAACCUACAUAUGGCUGUUUUGCCGUGCCAACGGCGCAGAUUAUGCUUUAGACUUCAAAUAGAAUCAUCGUUGGCGCUUCCCACAAAAAAUACAGCUUUAAUUAAAGUCAGCUCAUCUGGGACAUGGAACGAUGCUUACCAAAUAUGUUGCAAUAUGAAUGGACGAAUGGUGCAACCGGACACCGAAUAUAAAUAUAACCAAUUACUAAAGUUAGAAAAACAUCUAUGCCUAACGGGUCCAAACAUGUGGACGGGUGUAUAUGAUGUUACACCUGGAGGCGGAGACUGGACGUGGACAGAUGGGUCUAAGGUCAAUUUGUAUCCACCAUGGAAAAAUCAAAACAAUCCAAGGGAAGAUCAGAAUUGUCUUCGUCUCGACUGCUUUGGCCUUGCCGAUAAAGAGUGCAACAGAACAUUCCAGAUAGUUUGCGAAACACAAAAAGGUUCAUGCAGCUUUGAUAAAUAUGAAAACAGUCAGGUACAGAACCAUUCUGCAGCUGCACUGCAACUUGUGCUGUCUUUAGAAAACUGUUUCCAUUUAUGUCUGUGGUACGAUACUGGUGAUGCUGAAUGUACUGCUGUAGCUUUUGAAAACAACAACUGUUCCAUAUACACUAGUGAUGUUAUACCAUUAGGUGCAGAUAGUUCAAUAACUAGACAGGCCCCAAACACUGUAGUGUAUAUGAAAAACUGCUUCAGUGUAGAACACAUUUCAAUAGACAUAACAAAUAAUAUCAAUACUGAUAAUGCUGUAAACAAGUGUACAAAAACACAAGGAUCUGAUUUGGCAGAUGACACAUCGUCCACUAUACAACCGUCAUAUCCCGUAACAUCAACCGCAAUACCACCAUGUCCGUUGACUGCAUGCGUACCACCGCCAACUCCUGCAGCAUACAGAGGGACGUCCACAACAUCAAUGUUAAGAAGUACAGAGCCGUCAACAAAAGAACCUUCGUGCGAAGUGACGUCAACUAUACUACCUUUAUGUCCAGUGAUGUCAACGCUAACGCUGCCAUGCCCAGACACGUCAACUAUACUGCAGCCAUAUCCAGGGAUGUCAUCUACACUACCAUCAUUUCCAGUUAUGUCAACUAUACGUGUGCUAUCAACCGUAUGCCUACAGUCAAAUGUACCACCUUCAAAUUCAGUGUUUGCAGUAGAAGUGUCUACAAUUGUCUCAACUAAUUUCAUUAUACCAACUGAAGUCCCAAAGUAUAUUUCUCGAUUGACAUCCUUAGCAACAAGUAUGUUAGAUUCAACGUACAGCAUGACACAAGAAACGUCAAUAGAUCAGGGAGCAUUAUUUUAUGCUGGUGAACUACUAGAUGUUCACAAUCUGUCAUCAUACAAACGAAAAUUUAUAAGUGUAGACGAUAAUCGACCUUCAGCUAUAACAAUAGGAGUUCUGGGAAUUCUGGUGAUGGCGUCAUUUUUUGUUAUUGUACUUUGCUGUGACUUGUGUUGUAAAAAAGAGAAGAACAGACACCAGUGUUUAUUGUAGACAAUAAUGUAAGAAAACUAUUUGAGCACGGCGCCCAGAAGUUGUUAUUUUAUUGAGAAGUUGGAAGUUUGAAAUAAGAAUAUCUUCCUGUGAAAUGAAAUGAAAAGCAUCAUUUUUGAUUUUGCGUAUAUUUAUUUUGCUAACCUGUUAAAUCCAUCUUAAAGUUCAUGGAAAUCAAGUUCAAUAUAUAACAAUUGUCUAAUUAUGCUAAAUAGUUUAACAUAAACUGUCGUCCAAAAGUAAACCACCACUUUGAUAAGUAGCCUAAUUAAUGCGGAAAUUGCAAAAUUUUAAGUUAUAUUUUUAAAAUUUAUUAAAAUAAAGCCUGAAUAUAGA